GGGUUCCCGCCACUGCUGCUGGCGGGUUUGCCCGGCAAAAUUUCUCGCUGGUUAGCCUUCUUUUCCCUCCCGCACUUUGGUGGGGAGGGGGUGGAUCCUCGUGGCAGUACCCAAGUCCACGAUGACCUGAGAGAACCCGAGGAAGUUGUCGCUGCGGCCCUGUCCCCCAGCGCCUCCACCUGCUGGCCUCGGAGGGGAAGGAGCACCGAGGCCGUGAUUGCGACGCAAACAUCAAAUCAGACGCAAACAGAUUCAUUAUCUCCAUCCCCUAAUCCUGUGUCACCUGUGCCUUUGAAUAACCCAACAAGUGCCCCAAGAUAUGGAACUGUGAUCCCUAAUCGCAUCUUUGUAGGAGGAAUUGACUUUAAGACAAAUGAAAAUGAUUUAAGAAAAUUUUUUUCCCAGUAUGGAUCUGUAAAAGAAGUAAAGAUUGUAAAUGACAGAGCUGGAGUGUCCAAAGGGUAUGGUUUUGUCACUUUUGAAACACAAGAAGAUGCACAAAAAAUUUUACAAGAGGCUGAAAAACUUAAUUAUAAAGAUAAGAAACUGAAUAUUGGACCAGCAAUAAGAAAACAACAAGUAGGGAUCCCUCGUUCUAGUGUAAUGCCAGCUGCUGGAACAAUGUAUCUAACAACUUCAACUGGAUAUCCUUACACUUACCAUAAUGGUGUUGCAUAUUUUCAUACUCCAGAGGUAACUUCUGUCCCACCACCUUGGCCUUCACGUUCUAUAUCUAGUUCUCCUGUGAUGGUAGCUCAGCCAGUUUAUCAGCAACCUGCAUAUCACUACCAGGCCCCAGCACAGUGUCUACCAGGACAGUGGCAGUGGGGUGUUCCUCAGUCUCCUGCCUCUUCUACUCCAUUCUUAUACCUCCAACCUUCUGAAGUUAUUUAUCAACCAGUAGAAAUUGCACAAGAUGGUGGAUGUGUUCCUCCUCCACUCUCUCUCAUGGAAGCUUCAGUUCCAGAGCCUUAUUCUGAUCAUGGAGUUCAAGCAACAUAUCACCAGAUUUAUGCUCCAAGUGCCAUUGCUAUGCCUGCGCCUGUGAUGCAGCCUGAACCAAUUAAAACAGUGUGGAGCAUUCAUUAUUAAGACAAUUGGGCAGCUCUAGUCCAGCUCAACUGAUUUCUUGUCCAAUGAUCCUUGUGUGACCAAGAUCCAACUUCAAGGAACCGGCUAGAAGCUGCCCGUUGUGAAACUUAGGGAACCAAGGUUACAUUCUGUGAGAAGAAGCUUUUCUCAACCUUCAUCUGUAGGUUUGAAACCUCGAUAUUCUCGAAGCCCACACUUUCAUCCUAGAAAAGAUUUCAGAGCAGAGGAUUCAAUUAUUACUCCACCUUCCUCUACUGAUUCUGUUAAGUAGAAUCUUGAAUAACUAUUUUGUCCAACAGUAGUAAAUAACUAGCCCCAUAUGUGGUCUACUAACAAAUGAGGAUUUGAGAUGUGCUAAAGUUAAAAAUGUUUUUGCUUUUUUAAGGGAAUUAAAGAAAUCUUAGUAGCCAGAAUAUUGGAGAUGCAGGAUUAAAUCAUGGUUUCCUUUAUUAAUUUAUAUACUUAACUAAUGUAGGUUUGUAACCUAUACCAAAUAUAAGAAAAUUUAUAAGACAACAAAUAUCUUGAUUAAAGUUUGGAAAAUUUUGUCAUCAUCUGGCUAUUUUACCAACAUGAUAAUCUCAUAUACUUUACUGUUUGGAUUUUUCAAUUUUAUUCCAGGUGUUUCAUAUUUGUAGACAUAGCCAUGACAUAUACAGAAAAUCUUAGCAACAGACCAUUUGUUGUAACAUAGUAAAAUUUUUAAAAACACUCUCUCUUUAGGGAGAUAAAAUGUAGUAGAUUCUAGCUUCCACAUUAUUUUGGUUUCACUGUAUUUAGAUUUGUGUAUAGUUUAACUAUAUUAAACGGUUUUGAUAAAACAUUUGAAACUCUAGAUUUAUAUUGGAAAUUUUGAGACAUAAACACAUCAAAAUUAUAAUCUAUGUAUUAUAAAAUAUCCAGAAAUCUGUUAUAUUGUGACCAUUUGUUUCAUACCAAUUUCUACAGCCAAAGUUGACACUAUUCUAUACUUAAAGAUUAUCUUCCUAUUUCUGGCCCUAUUUUGUCAUUUACCCAGGAAAUAUAAGGGUUUUUGUAGCAUCUUAGCAAGUAUAAGCAUCACUAUGUAUAUCAUGUCAGAUUUGAUAUCUAUUUUUUAAACACAGUGACACUAUCAAUAGUCCUUUUUAUCUUUCAUUCAGAUCUUAGUUGGUGAGAUUUCUAGAGUUUUAAAACAUUAACCUUAACCAAAUAAAACUUACCCAUAUUUCACUUUCAAAUCCAAAGAAGCUAUGAUUGCCUUUUUUUACAGAAUUUUUACAGAUUAAAACCAGCCACACCAACUUUUCUGUAAAUGCUUCCUGUUUGCCCUAUAUCCCAACUUUCUUCUAUAAAAACAUGAUAAUCCUUUUGUAGAAGACUAGAUUAUUAAUAAAACAAUAAAAAUAAGUCAUAGAAAUAAGCAGUAUUUAAAUUGUAUGGAAAUUGAUUCUAGAACUUAGUGAAAUUUGAUUGCAUAGUACAAGAAUUUCAAUAUUUUUAUUUCUUGUCUACACCAAGUUAAAUUAAAGUUUGGAAAAUUUUGUCGUCAUCUGGCUAUCUUACCAACAUGACAAUCUCAUAUACAACUUUACUGUUUGGAUUUUUCAAUUUUAUUCCAGGUGUUUCAUAUUUGUAGACAUAGCUAACCCUUGCUUACAAACUCUCUUAUAGUAUCAGGAAGGUGAUAAUCCAAUAAUAAUUUGGAGUGAUUAUUUCAUCCUGCCUCAAAAAGAAUAAUGGGUGUGUGUAUAUAUAUAUUGGUUAUAUUAUCCUAAUAUUUCUGAGCUAAAAUAUUUAGGUCAAGUAAUAAAAUGUAAUGCCUAAUUAUAUUAAAGAAUAUUCAGGUACAUCCUAAGGCUACUCCCUCAAUUUAAGAAAAUUUCAUUUUGCUGCAGUUACUUUGAAAGUAACAUACUGUGUGUUAAGACCCAGUAUUCUGUUACUAAAGCACUGGUCAAAAUAUCAUGAAACAAUCUAUUUAAUUCUCAGCUUUUCUGGCAUUUUUAUGCAUACAAUUUAAUCCUAUAUUUAUUAUUCCCACUUAUUCAGCAUAUAUCAGGCAUUUUUGUUCUAAAACUUUUGUAAAUUUCAAGAGUCUGAGAGUUUACUUUGCUUCCAAAAAGGGUUUUCAUUAGCUAAUUUGUUUUAGGUAAUUGUGUUUUUUACCCAAAGGAAUUGUUACUUCCAUACUACUUUCACUAAAUUCUGUGAAGCUUACAUUUCUCUGUCUAGAUUAUAAAAUAUCGAACAGAGGUAAUAUGAAAAUAUAUUAAUAUAACUUCCCCUAAAACUACUGAUUAAAUUGUGAAACCUUUUUCUUAUUUUAUAGAUAAUGUAACAUAUUCAUGAUAACAAAAACAACUGCUUUAAUAACUAUAAAAGAUCAAUGUUUUGGCUUUUAAUUAUUGAGGUCCUUUUUAUAAGUCAUGAUAUAAAAAUGAACAAAGAAAUGGAGACUAAAACCUCAUUCUUAGCCUCAGAUAGUUCUGAAACAACCAGUUUAUAAAAGACAGUAUAUAAAGGAAAUGUUUAAUUAAUAUUAAAAAGUAUUACCUAAAAAAGUAUCUUUUUUCCUUUGGUGUUUUGGGAAAAAAAAUCUAAAGAAUAAUUUAAAGUGUUCAUUAAUCAUUUGAGUGGUUUAGUACUUACAAUAUGUUUCUUGCUAAUCAUAUUAGGAUCUUUGUUUUUAACAUGUCUAACUUUGGUACCAAAGCAAAGAAUGCUAUACGAUGUCUACUUAUAUAACAUAUAUUUAGCAACAUGUAAAAGAAAAUUUCCUAAAUCCUUAUUAGUAUCUGACCAUUAUGCAAAAUUUUUAAGAUACUAAUAAUACAUGUAAAUUUUUUCUUCGAUAUGUAAAUACCCGAUACUGUCUAGCAAAGUUAACCUCAGUAAUAUUUUACACAAGCUCCAUCCAACAGUUUAUGAAAAUAGCUUUCAAUUAAAAUAACAUAGUAAAUCUCUUUGUCUAAGUAAACUCAGCAACAGUCCUGUGUACCAAAGAAAUAUUUAUGUCUGUGCCCUGCUUAUGUUAUAAUCUUCUGAAAAUUUGCUUACUGUUCAGACUUACACAUAUUUAUAUAUUGAAUAAUUAAACAUCUACCUCAACAAACUUAUGGAUGAUGGGUUUUGAUAACUUGGUUUAACUUGGCUAGCCCCAUUCUCAUUAUUCUCAAUGUUAAAUAAUAAGUCUCCACUAUUUUUCCAUCUGAAAUCACGUUGAUUUCCUAAUUUUUACAUUUAGCUAUAUAAUUAUACAUUUACUAGUUUUUAUGCCACAGAUCUGAUAGCUCCACCUUUAGAUAAUCUCCUUGGAUUAUGGAAAAAGGAAGUUCUCCUUAAGCUAGAAAACUAAUAUUAUGACAUCAGUUACAUCCAAAAAUAUUUUACUUAAAAUUGAAUAUGAAUCAACUCCUUUCUGGAGACUGAUUUAAUAUGAACAAUAUUAAAUAAGAAAAAUCUUCCUAUUUUAAGGAUUAGGUAACCAUUACCAUUUUAUACUAGGUUAGACAAUACCAUAAUGAAUGUUAAAAAUACUUCCUUUAUUCCAAGCAAAAAAUACUUCUUCCAACUCUGAAAUGGCAUGAAAAUCCAACCAUCAGCUUUCAUACAAUUAACCAUACAUAUUUUUAAUAAUUAAUUUCAUGUUAGUACUUACAAUCUUCUUUUAUAACACUAAAAUAGGCUUUUUACACAUUGUAAUUUUAAUUACAUCCCAUGUAAUGAGUUAAAAACAAAACAGAACUUAGUACUAAAAAGUUCUGUAUCUCAUUUAAAAUAUUAGAAGUUUCUAAAAAAUAAGUUUUAUAGAAAUUUAAAUAUAAAGAGUUAAUACACUAAUUUCAAUUUACCAGGAUUGAAGGUUCUUUACUCUAUAAAAGCCUUUAUAAAAAUUUCUUUAAUUGACUUCUAAAAAUUUCUAAAAUAUGUUAUAUAGGACCAUUUUUAUGAUGUAUCAGUCUGAUACUGCAACAAGUCAUAACUUACUCUGCAUAAAGAAACUGAAAAGUAUCCAUCCUGUCUCACUAACUAUAGGACUUUGUUGCCUGCAUUUAAACAGAAUCCUGAAGAAACUUUAAACAUAGAAUUAAAAUUAAGGGGUUUUUUUUGGCCUUCCUACCUAACCAGGAUUUUAAUACCUUACAUAUAUUUUUAAAGUACAUUUUACAUAAUAACUAAGAGACCUACAUAAAAAUAGAUGCAUUACAUUUCUUCAAGGUACAACUCAUGCCAACAAAAUAACUACAUUUAAUAAAAUAAUGUGAAACUUAACACUAAGUAUUCUUUAUGCAAUUCAUAAUAAAGUCUCUAGUUUGAGGGGCUAAGAAAAUGUCUCAACUAUGAUACAAGGUAUAAUUUAUCAGAAAUUAUCUAAUAUGUGGUAUUUUAGCCAAUAAAGGUAUAUUUGCUUUGGUAAUAACUGCAGUCAAAGGGCAUUUAAUCUGGUUUCUGCAAGCUUGUUAGGAAAGAUAUUGUAAGAAUACAGUAAUGUUCAGUAAAGUCAUAGAACUUAAAUUGUUAGUAAUUAAGUUCAUUUGUAUUAAAACUGUAUGUAUGAAAUGGAAAAGUUUUAGUGUUUGGCCUUUAAUAAACUUCUUUGGCUUUGUUACUAUAAUAGUCAAUUCAAAUAAACUUGAUUAUUAUUUUCA